GAAAAAUUGUGAUGUGACUCAUCGUGAGAUGAAAAGAAACCACUGCGCAUGCGCUCGUUCUCUUUCUUUGCCUUCUUGCUUUGUGCAGGAUCUUCUGCAAUCAUGGCACUCCUCCUACCCGAGAAGUUUCAGUACGUGUUGCGUGUGUUGAACACCAACAUCGAUGGACGUCAAAAAGUGAUGUUCGCACUCACAUCCAUCAAGGGUGUGGGUAGACGUUACAGCAACAUCGUGUUGAAGAAGGCAGACAUCGACCUGAACAAGCGUGCUGGUGAAUUGUCCGAGGAUGAGGUCGAGAGAAUUGUUGCAAUUCUCCAAAACCCCCGUCAAUACAAGAUCCCUGAUUGGUUCCUCAACAGACAGAAGGACAUCAAGGACGGAAAGUUCUCCCAGAUCAUUUCCAACCAGCUUGAGCACAAGCUUCGUGAGGAUUUGGAGCGCUUGAAGAAGAUCAGAGCUCACCGUGGUCUCCGUCACUACUGGGGUGUCCGUGUGCGUGGUCAACACACCAAGACUACUGGCCGCAAGGGUCGCACUGUUGGUGUGGCCAAGAAGAAGUAGAUGUUUUGAAGAUACGAGCAACAUUAAUACAAA